AUGAACGGCAAGCUUGGAGCAGUUCUGGCUCUCCUCCUGGUUUCAGCAGCUCUGUCACAAGGUAGGACCCUGGUAAAGAUGGGGAACGAGCUGCGGUGCCAGUGCAUUAGCACUCAUUCUAAGUUCAUCCACCCUAAAUCCAUUCAAGAUGUGAAGCUGACACCGAGCGGCCCCCACUGCAAGAACGUUGAAAUCAUAGCUACUCUAAAGGACAGUAGAGAGGUGUGCUUGGACCCCACUGCUCCCUGGGUACAGCUGAUCGUAAAGGCACUUAUGGCCAAGGCUCAGCUCAAUUCUGAUGCACCACUGUGA